AAAUUAGUCUUUCGGUGUUAUAGAACUGUGAAGGUUGUGUGCAAAGUGGAAAAAGUAUUUUUUAGAUAAAUUUGUGUGUUUUUGGAGUACACGAUGUCGGAUGAAAUUGCAGAGAACGGAACUGCGAACGGAGAUGUUCCAGAGAUCGAACUGAUUAUAAAGGCAUCGACCAUCGAUGGAAGGCGGAAGGGCGCAUGCUUAUUCUGCCAGGAGUACUUCAUGGACCUUUAUCUCUUGGCAGAACUCAAAACCAUCAGUCUAAAAGUGACAACAGUGGACAUGCAAAAGCCUCCGCCAGACUUCCGCACCAACUUCGAAGCGACCCAUCCGCCCAUCCUCAUCGACAACGGUCUCGCCAUACUUGAAAACGAGAAAAUCGAGCGGCACAUCAUGAAAUCAGUGCCCGGUGGACACAAUCUGUUCGUACAGGACAAAGAAGUAGCGUCGCUGAUUGAAAACCUGUACUCAAAACUGAAACUGGUGCUAGUGCGUAAGGACGAACAGAAGUCCGCGGCGCUGCGGGCGCAUCUGGGACGCAUCGACGCGCUGCUUGAGCGUAGAGGGACCAGAUUCCUAACAGGUGACACAAUGUGCUGCUUCGACUGCGAGCUGAUGCCGCGCCUACAACACAUCCGCGUCGCCGGGAAGUACUUCGUUGAUUUUGAAAUACCGACGAGUUUCCGCGCGCUCUGGCGCUACAUGUACCACAUGUACCAGCUGGACGCCUUCACGCAGAGCUGCCCCGCCGACCAGGACAUCAUCAACCACUACAAGCUACAGCAAUUGUCUUCAAAGGGCUUGAUCAUGUCGCCCACGCUGACGCGGCAACGGAAAGAGGAUAUCACGACGACGCCCGCGACGGCGUUAAAAAUGAAGAAACACGAAGAACUCGAGACGCCAACAUUCACGACUUCCAUCCCCAUCGACGUCAAUGACCUGAAUAACUCCGAACAGUAACGUGACACGCGAAAACCGACGCUCGGUACAAUAGGCUUUAAGUUGAAUUUUAAUUGUUAUUUGCCAAUAGAGUUUUGAUCUAUGUACCCGCAGACUACAAACUUUUUAUCUGCCGAAAGUCUAGAAAUAAGGACGUAAUUUCCUACAAAAGAAAGACCUCCGAGACGUUACGCGUGUUGUGGGUUCCAUAUUGGCGUAUUUUAAAUAUUAUACACAGAAGCAUAUUGCCAACUUAGUUUAAGUGGGCAAACAAAAUUCUUAGUUAUAUUUUGACUCAACAGUCAGAAUUUUAGUUCAAUUCAAUAGGUAUGCGAGAUAUGCUGAUAUGGCGAUAUUCUCAUAAAAAAUGUGCUAACGUGAAAAAUAAGAUGUUACCUUCGAUUUGAGAACCUAUUUUCCUUGGUUUUUUAUACAGAGUCAACGCUUAGUUAAUGCUUAACGUCCGAAAUCGCCUUAAUAUGAUGAAUGGAAUAUAUAAUAUAUUCAUUAUUCUAAAGUACUUAACAGUUAAGUGUCAAAGAAAGGCGGUCAUUUUCUCUAAGAUUUGUAUGGGAUAGUUAUUAUAGAUUAAAGGUCACAACCGACAAAAAUGUUGGUGUAUCAAAAGUCUGUGGUUUGCGGGGGCCCUUACAACCUUUCCGAUUGAAUCCGCCUAUUUGAUUCACAGUACCGAGGAUCCCGUUUACGUUCACAACUCUUUGUGAUAAUACCCUCUUCCUACAAAAUUGCUCCAUAAUGGAUCCAUCAUUUAUUACGCCACACAUACUGUCGACUUUAAUUAUAUCGGCGUUUCUAUAUGAAGAUGCGUGAGAUAGGUACCUCAACUGUAUAUUAUCUCAGUGGAACAAAGACUUUGACUUGCGUGUAAGUGACAGAGGGUUAAGAAACCCCGAGAUCAACGGAAAAACAUAUUUUUUAAUAGUUAUAUUAUUGCUUCUUGGUCUUUGCGCAACCAAAAUGGCUAGACUCUUUGGUGCGAAAACAUUAAAAGAGCACCAUUGUAAAGGCACUUCAAUUAAUACAACAACAAGUAGGUGUUCCUGUAGAAUGGGGCCAAGUUGUAAAUAAAUAAGCGCGAGUCAUUUACGUCAAUGUUUUAAGUCAAGAUGAUAUUUUGGUUUUUCACCGAUCAAUCUCCUUCGUGCCUUCUCCAUCUAAAAGACAUUGGCGAAGUACCUUGUGCCCAGUUGGCACAGACAA